CGCGCGGGCCCGACUGCCCGCGAGAAGUCAGCUGAGGGACUCGGUGGACCUCUGAGGUGCUGGACUUGAGAGAGGAUGGAGCCGCUGAAGGUGGAAAAGUUCACGACCGCCAACAGGGGAAACGGGCUGCGUGCCGUGGCCCCACUGCGUCCCGGAGAGCUGCUCUUCCGCUCGGAUCCCUUGGCGUACACGGUCUCCAAGGGAAGUCGAGGCGUCGUCUGCGACCGCUGCCUGCUCGGGAAGGAAAAGCUGAUGAGAUGCUCUCAAUGCCGAGUUGCCAAAUACUGUAGUGCCAAGUGUCAGAAAAAAGCUUGGCAGGACCACAAGCGGGAAUGUAAAUGCCUUAAAAGUUGCAAACCCAGAUAUCCUCCUGACUCUGUGAGACUUCUCGGCAGAGUUGUCAUCAAGCUUAUGGAAGAAACACCCUCUGAGUCAGAGAAACUUUACUCAUUUUAUGAUCUGGAGUCAAAUAUUAACAAACUGACUGAAGAUAAGAGAGAGGGCCUCAGGCAACUUGCAAUGACAUUUCAACAUUUCAUGAGAGAAGAAAUACAGGAUGCCUCUCAGUUGCCACCCUCUUUUGACAUUUUUGAAGCCUUUGCAAAAGUGAUCUGCAACUCUUUCACCAUCUGUAAUGCAGAGAUGCAGGAAGUUGGUGUUGGCCUGUACCCCAGUAUGUCCUUGCUCAAUCAUAGCUGUGACCCCAACUGCUCCAUUGUGUUUACUGGGCCUCACCUCCUACUGCGUGCUGUGCGAGACAUCGAGGUGGGAGAAGAGCUUACCAUCUGCUACCUGGACAUACUGAUGACCAGUGAGGAGCGCCGGAAGCAGCUGAGAGACCAGUACUGCUUUGACUGUGACUGUUUCCGGUGCCAAACUCAGGACAAGGAUGCUGAUAUGCUAACAGGUGAUGAGCAAGUAUGGAAGGGAGUGCAGGAAUCCCUGAAAAAAAUUGAAGAACUGAAGGCCCACUGGAAGUGGGAGCAGGUUCUGGCCAUGUGCCAGUCGAUCAUACGCAGCAACUCUGAGCGGCUUCCUGAUAUCAACAUCUACCAGCUGAAGGUGCUUGACUGUGCCAUGGACGCCUGCAUCAACCUUGGCCUGCUGGAGGAGGCGCUGUUCUACGGCGUCCGGACCAUGGAGCCCUACCGGAUUUUUUUCCCAGGGAGCCACCCCGUCCGAGGUGUGCAAGUAAUGAAAGUUGGCAAACUGCAGUUACAUCAAGGCAUGUUUCCCCAAGCAAUGAAGAAUCUGAGACUGGCCUUUGAUAUUAUGCGGGUGACACACGGCAGAGAACACAGCCUGAUUGAAGAUUUAAUCCUACUCUUAGAAGAAUGUGACGCCAACAUACGAGCAUCCUAGGAAAACCCAGAUGGAGAGAGAUGGCUCACACCUUUCCGCAUGCCUUACUGGGGUCACACGCUCUCCUAUUCACUGUGUGACU